AUGGAGUCUUCAAAGGCAGAGCUACGCAGGCGUAUGCUGGCGCAGCCCAUAAUCAAAAAACAAACCAUAACAGCAACAGAAGUGGACCCAAACAAAUCUAACAUCCAGACUAAAGUAGUCAAGGCUCCUGUGCUAUAUUCAUCCGAUGGUAUUCCUGUAGCAAGAAAGCUUUUUGAUAUAAUCAUGCUACUCAAGGCCGAAGAAAAGCCGCUUACCAACAAUGACAUGGUGCGCAAAUUGGCAAUGGACAUUAUGGAUGAUGAGGAACUGUUUGAUCUUGUCCGUAACAACGAAAGAAUAUUCUACGAUGGUGUUAAUGGCACGUUUGAAUACAGGGCAAGUCUCAUUGAAUUUGAAUACUGUGUUGGGAUCUGGGCUUGUCCAACAUACAAGAUUCGAUCAAAAGAAGACUUGCUAGAAUUAUUAAAGAAAAAUCGGGAUACAACUGGCAUGGAAGUAAAAGAACUCAAGGAUUCCUGCAAUGGUAUUUUUGGAUACAUUGAGGAGUUGGAUGCAGAAAAGUCUAUUUUAAUCAUUCGCAACAGAGAUGAAUCGCCAAGAAUUGUGUACUAUAAUAACAAUCAGUUGCAUGUGGAUAUAUGCAAAGAGUUUAAAGAAUACUGGCAUCAAGUUGCAUUGCCAUUAGAGGCAGACAUAUCUAAAGAACUUGCUAGUGCUGGUUUAAAAUCCAUGGAAGUGAUUGUGAUGCACAAGUCUGCUCAGGGCAAGGCCAAGACUAAAGCAAAGCGAAAGACACGCUUUAAGCUUACCAACACACAUUUGGAGGGUAUUGAUCUCACCAAAGAGUUUGUUCCUACUUUGGAAUGA